AUGUUGACUCGCAUAUGGCCUGAUAGGUGGUUGGGCACCAUCACUUCGGUGAAUGCGUGUCACAUGGCCCUGGAUCGGCCAGAGCUGUACAUGUUUCGGCGGAUGCAACUUGCCGAGCAAGCUGCUGACCCUUCCUUGGUUUACAAAGACAGCUUCCUGAAAGCGUGCGAAGAGUACAAUGCGUUUGGCAGCGCUGUCAGCAACAAGAAGAUCAGGGUUGACCAGCACAAACAAAAGCUGUUCAUCAACCGGGUGAUGUUCCUCCACAGCUUAGCAGUGGGCAGGGUCUCUGUGCAAACUACCACUGCUGUCAGACUCACAGCGUCGCAGUGGGAGGCAGAGGUUGAGUUGGCUUGCGCAGGGGGCUACGUCAUGGACAAAAUGUCACAGGCCAGAGAUGCAGAGAACAAGCCCGUCUUCAGUGAGUCUGUGAUCAAGAACUGCUGGGGGCGUUUCAUCGAAGGGGACUUCGUGGAUGACCUGAGCACCCAUGUAGCUUCAGCUGACCCGACCUUUGACCCAUGUCAGUCUUUGAUGUGGAUUGAAUGCAGCCCUGAGAAGAAGGAGGCUGGGCUGGUGGACUCUGCCCUGGGGAUGACAGAGAAGAAGAUCACGAAGUUGGAGUCUGCUCAACAUGUUGCAGCAUGGGAAUCCGAUACGCUCAAGCUAGCUAAGGAUGCAACAGUGUGCGCAAAGCUUCUGAAACAAGCUGUCAACAAUGAACGCACAGAUCGCCUAGCGAGGAUCACCCACAUUAAGGAGCAGAACAAGAUUGGUGCUGGAAUUGUGACAUCCUUUGCCGCAAAGAACUGCCACCAUGUGACCCUAGCUUGCCCUGAUGCAGAGGGGCAGCUCUCGGAGUUUCUCUCUGACGUCUUUUCUCACCAUGGCAUUGUGCUUGUAUGGGUUGACAUGAUGAAGCUUGGGCGCAUCCAGAACAAGCAGUUGGAUGACCUUGCGAGCCGAGUGAAGAAAGUGCUAAGUCGCAAAUCCUCGCAUACCAUGGCGUUUGUGAUGGCGCCGCAUGUUGUGAGUUCUAAAACCUUGAACUCCAACAUCCGUGGAGAAGUCAGGCGUAUCGAGGACAAGUUCGAUGCAAAAGGCAUGGUAUCGUACCCGGUAUCCGUACGUUGCAACCCUCCACCCUCGGCUAAGUCGAUGAGCGAUGUCCAGGAGUCCGCGCAAAUGCUGGCAGGGGAGGAUUUGCCCAAGACCAUCAUCGAAUCUGUCCUCGCGGGAUUCGAGCGUCCAGCAAAUCUGGUGGGAAUUGUGAACGUAACACCAUACGAUGCACACCUCGAGUCGGUUGCUGUCCACUGGCAAAUUGCACAUGGCAAAGACUCUCCAUUGGUUCGCUCGUUCUCCAUUUCUGACCAAUGUGAAGAAGUUUUGUUCAGCCAGCGUCGUCUCGGAAACAAGCUGCUACAGGAGCUGUGA